GGUGCAAAAGCCCAACAAAAACGAGAAAGGAAUGCCAAAGAUGCCAAAACUGGUCCUACAUCCCAAUUGAAGGCAAACCAAGCAUCCCUAACAAUCCAAUGUAAAAUCUGCCUACAAACAUUCAUGAUGACUUCGAGUCGAACUCAGCUUGAAUCCCACUUGAACAAGCAUGCUGGAAAGGAGUUUGCUGCUUGCUUUCCUAACUUUACUGGUUGA